CGCGUUAGGUACCGGUAGAAGCUCGGCUGUUCGUCCACCGCUUCCUAGACGCACAAGCUCGGAACGAGGGUGUCGCAACCUUAGUGGGUACCAUUGUUUUUCGUUGUUUCUGGCAAAUUGCCCAGGUAGUCGGAAUUGUUUUGAACCGCACAAGAACAAUCGGUAAAUGAUGUAAAUGUUGCAACCGUCUUAAUGUGGACACAGUAUGGACGUAGUCCAUUGGAUCUCUUAACAGCUUAAUAGUUUUUGUCAUUGUCGAAUACAUUUUUUUGAAAAUUAUUCGAACUCGACAAUGGCAUAAACUUGAUUUGAUUAGGAAUCAGUGUAUCUCGCAACAAAACGAUGAAAACUCGCAAGUUUUGAGUGAAAGCGAAUGGUGAAAUGUUCGAUAGUUGUCAGACAAUCACCAGUGGGCCCAAGUGUACGGAAGUGGCCGAAAAAAUAGUUCAAUUAUUCGGGUGGAGGACGCAAAGUUACAAUGUGGAGAAGCUGCAGAGGAACGUCCCGGGAAGAUCCACCACGAGGAUUUCCAUCACACGAACUAAGUCCAAGUCGGAUAAUUCCCAGUGGGAAAGGGAAGGGAAAAAGACUCCAGAAGCUUGGGUGUCGGUGCACAAUCUCCAAUCGCAGGGCGGCGGCAUUUUGGAUCCAGAUGACCGACUCAGCGACGUAGCUGACGACCGAGAACAGAUAUUGGCUAGUUUUGAGGAUGGAGAUGGUUCUCAUAUUCACCAUGGGGGCGGAGAUGGAGCAAGCGGUAGUUCAGUAGGGACUGGCAGUCCAGAUAUUUUUCAUGAUGGUGAGCAUAAAUACGGGCCUGUAUACAGCAGGACGGACAUCGAAGUAACUGGUGAGCAAAUCGCUUCGGGUGUUCCCAGCCUGCAAGUGAGACGAGGCAGUGAACCGACGCUUAAUCAGCUUCCUGCAGGCCCUCCUGCUCCAUCUGAUAACACUAAGCGAUGGAGCGCUGCGCCCCUUAUUUUAGAGCCACCCAGCUCAGGGUAUGGGAGCCCCGAUUGGUUAGACGAUUGCAAAGAGGAAGACACCACCGGAUUCAAAAGAAUUGCUCGGGACGGAAUCAACCGGCUAUCCAUGCAGUUCUUAGGCGACGGGCCCGGGUAUCGUUGGGCGGAAGCAGCCGAAAAACUGGCGAGCUCCAAAUCGCAAACCAGCAAAUCGUUGCCUCGAGAAGCCAGACGAAGAGAACCACUAGGACAAGCCAAUAGUAGCCCGACGCCAUGGCCUACAGAUAAAACGGAUUUUAUUGUGAUACGGAAUCAACCUGGACCUUUGGGUAUUCACGUGGUGCCCGACUACGAUGGUUCCGGGAAAGACAGAGGACUGCUGGUGCAAGGAAUUGAACCGGGCGGUAGAAUAGAUAGGGAUGGAAGACUGGCUAUUUACGAUAGAAUUGUAGAAAUUAACGGGCAGAAUUUGAUAAACAUUCCUUUUCAACGGGUCCAGGAAAUAUUUAAAUUGUCGCUGAUAUCUCCAGAAUUAAGACUGAAAGUAGUUAAGGCUUCCGGAUUGGAGAGCUUACGCAAACCUCCCACUCCCAUCUACCCGAGUUUUCGAGCAGAUAAGGAAAACAACGGUAUGGUGGAAUGUGAACAAAAACAGAGUACAAAUACAAAAAUUGCAACAGUGUCUCCUACCAAAAAAGUGCCGGCGAUAUCCAAGAACCUGAAAGGUCUCCUGACGGCCAACACCAGGAAAAUCGGCAAAAAAAUCGAGAUCGAGCUUGUAAAAGGCCCAAGGGGUUUGGGCUUCAGCAUAACUACCCGGGACAAUCCUGCUGGCGGAAACUGUCCUAUUUACAUAAAAAAUAUCAUUCCUGAGGGUGCAGCAGUUGAAGACGGCAGACUGAAAAUCGGGGACCGAUUGCUUCAAGUCAAUGAAGAAGAAAUGACUGGGAAAAGCCAGUCGGAAGCUGUGGCAAUCCUGAGAAAGGUAGUGCCAGGCAGCAAAGUGAAAAUUAUAGUAUCCAGACAGGAGGACGUGCCCGUAACCGGAACAACUAGCAAUGGAUUGCCUCGAGUUCUUGGCAUCGAAGAAACCGAUGAAAGAGAAGACCCGAUAACCGCAGAACUGUUCAGUAGCGAGAGUAAUCGGGAUAUUCCACCUAAUAUACCUCCUUUACCUCAGAGCCAUCUGCUCCAUAGCAGGUCGCCGCUCGAAAAACCGAUCGGAUCUGUGGCUAAAAUUGUCUCGCAAUUUCAAGAGGCUGCCACCCUGAGCAAUCCUCUGGAGAAAAGCGACAGUGCCAUGGUUUUCCCCUGGAAACAUCGCGAGAUGUUAACUUUGAACAUUCCCGUGCACGACUCUGAAAAAGCUGGACUUGGAAUCAGUGUGAAAGGAAAAACUAGUGAAUCAGGUGAUUUGGGUAUCUUCAUAAAAAGCGUAAUCAAUGGGGGCGCCGCGUCAAGAGACAAGAGACUGAGAACGAACGAUCAGCUACUGAACGUCAAUGGAAAGUCGCUGCUUCAGCAAUCGAACAGCGACGCAAUGGAAACGCUGCGCAAAGCCAUGUUGCAUACUGAGGGUCCAGUGCCUGGAAACAUCACGCUGAUCAUCGCCAGACGUGCUUCGUCUCCCGGCUCUUCAAGGAAUCGCUCCAAUGAGAGCUUGCUCAAUGUUUCUCAAACAUCUCCGGAUUUGUACAACUCCCAAGACACAGCGAGCGAUCCAUCCGGCGAAAAUUCCAACUCAAACGCUUCCAACGGGUCGACUAAUACCGUCAUCUACAACCCGCACCAGAAUGGCAUGAUUCCCAACCAGUUGAGUCCCAUGCAUACCUGGAACCCAGUGCUAGAGCGGCUAACUGGUAAGCAACAGCUACGCAACGAGAGCUACUAUAAAGCUACACACGAUACCUGGAGUAACAGUAUGUUAGCGAAUAGUAGCGCUUUGGGGAGUCUGGGCGGCACCACUGUGGUCAACUUGAGCACGGCUGAACCGAUCUUGAUAGAGGACGAGUACGGGUCUAGAGUGGUUCCUAUUCAAAAUCAGCAACAAAUCAAUGUGCAUAUGAUGAACAAGCCGAGCCACAUAAAUCACAAUCGAGAAGAACACGAGCCGGAUGGCAAGGCGGGUGAUAAGAGCGCUGAAUCAGCUUCCCAAACAACUAUUCAUGGCACUGAUGCAACGUAUUCCAGCCAGCUGAGUCUGGAAAACCCGCAAGGGUUUUCUAGGGAUGCGUUUGGACGGCAAAGCAUGUCCGAGAAGCGACACGCCACAUUGGAUGCCAAAAGUACGGAUACUUACCAACGCACCAAGAAAAUGCGCGAGGACAGAAUCAAAAAAGAAUCUAAUAUAGUGCGAGUCGGCUCAGUGGAAUCAGUCAUAAGCGUGAAUCGAUCAUCAGAACAUCCUGAGUAUGCUGAUAAGCUGGCCGAACUUGGACCGUCGCUUGGCAUGAAGAAAUCGUCCAGUUUGGAGUCGCUGCAAACCAUGGUCCAAGAGAUUCAGAUGCAAGAAGAAGGGGACCCCGCAUACAGUUACAGAGGCCCAUCGGGGGCCCUGAAAGUUAUCAGAGGCAGAGGCAGCGAGGAGACAUUUAGGGCUGCAGUAGUUGAUCCGAAUCAUCGCAACGAAAUGGGUGCGAAAAAACAUUGGCUUUUGGAUGGCCCGGUGGAAGAACGCGAGAUCGAUGGAUUUACGAACGUUAGAGGCGGGCCGAGGCAGUCCUCACUCAAUGCCGCGUUGGACACAAAAAAUAAGCCCUGCAAAAAGAAGCCGGGCAUUUUUAAAGGGAUCGGCUCCAUGUUUAGGUUUGGAAAGCAUCGCAAAGUGGAGCUGGUUGAACCUGUGCAGCAGUACCACCAAAAAACAAGCGAGUUCGAGAGCGCUCUGAAUGUAUCACAGUAUUCACAAAAUUCCGACCAUCAGCAGCAAAGUGAAGACAAUCAAAGCCAUCAUUCCCAUAGUUCUCAUAAUACGGACUGCAGUCAACAUAAACAACAUGCGGACCGAUCACAAGAACUGACUCCAACUCCAACUCCGGCCGUUCAGCCACAUGUUACUCUUAAUACUCAGCAACACCAGCAACGAGAACAGCAGAUCCAAAGGGAACCCAUUUAUCAGCGACAUGGGUUCGUUCAUAGACACGCUGAGCAGGUUCAGGUGAUUCCCGAAAAUGCAGUGGCUCCUCCAGUCAAGUACCGACAAAAUGUGAACGCCAAUAGAGAGAAUGCGAGACAAAGACUGGCUCAUAGACACACUUACUAUCAGUCGGACGAGCGGGAGAACAUUUACGAUCGCCAACUGCUGCAGCAAAGUCGAGAGCCGCAAUAUGGCGAAUUUGGACGUCCUGGGAGUAGAUCCGGAAUAACCGAAGCGCCGCCAGUGCCUUUCACUCACUACGUGAACUACAACGAAUUGCAAACGCAUAUCAGCCGGAAAGAGUCGUUGUCUGACAGUCAAAUAGUGCAGAUGCGUCUGCAGGUGCAACAGCAAAGGUUAAAGGUGGAGGAAGAGAGCCGGAAACAGCACCAGUACCACUCCCAGCGGCAACCCCGACCGGAAAGCCAGCUACGACCAAUUUCCAACUAUUACGAGUACGAGAGUGUCCAAUCGGUGCUAAACAAUCGACAAGCGCGUCCCACAAACGCCCACUAUCCACAGCAGGAUAUCAACGCCAACUCCGUGCAAAGUAGGCAGAACCUGGCGGUGCAUAGUAGGCCGGGACAACCGAGAGGAGGAAACGCAAUAGCGAGACAGGCUGGACAACAUCGCGGUCCUUUUGUUACCCAGGUAACUAUAGGUGAACAUCAGAAGAACGGGACGAAAGUGUGAAAUAUUAGCUUUAGCAUCAUUGUACAGUAUUGAUACUCUUAUACAGAAUGUGCCAAUCGUGAGAAUGAGCCACUUUGCUAAGUGAUUUUUUUUAGUUUUGAUAUUUUAUUUGAAUGCAUAUAUUAUGGUAAAUUGCGCCCUUAUUAUCAAGCGAUCAAAUGUAGGUUUCAAUACCAAAUUCUGUUUCUUUUGUUUUACUACACAGGGUAAAUAGAUCUUGAUCUAGAAAUCAAUUCGGCAAAAGAAACAGUAAGUUUUACUUUACGCGCAUUUAUUAUUUUUAUAUUUUCCUGCGAUAAUUUUAUUGAUAAAUGUUGGUAAACGUAAUUUGGCACAUUGUGUGAUUUUUCAAUUUGAUGAAAAUGAUUGUGCAGCAGAUAACUUUAUUGUAUUUAUAGUCGGUCUUUAUUAUUAAUUGUACAGUAGCCGCAAUCAAGCAAUCGUGCCUUCUGAGAAAACGUACGCUCUUAAUGUGUCUUCCAAAUUAUUUGUCAUAGUAAUAAUUGUUAUUUCCAAACUGUCCACUGCCGAUGUGAUUUUUUUUGUAAACCCUUAGUUUCGAAUUGAAUGCCGAUGUGAUUUUUUUUGUAAACCCUUAGUUUCGAAUUGAAUGCCGUUGCUCUAUAAGCGAUUAAUAAGGAAGAAUUGUUUUAUACAUGGGUUAUUCCAUUGUUUUUGUCACUAUUGAACACUGAAGUCUUUCUGUCUAUAGAUGGCCUUGGAAAUAACGGGAUAGUUUGGUGGCAAAUGAAGUCUUGAGUAAAAUAGUUACCGUCCAUUUUACACGAUUAUUUAAAUAUAUUUGAGAAAAUAUGUUUAUAAUUAUUGGUCUAAAAAUAAUUUGUUUCCACGGCCAGCUACACAUUUAUUACACAAAUUGCUGUAUUAUUAUUGUUUUUUAUUGUAAUCGUUUAAGCGAAUGUCAUGAGAACGACUAGGUAGUAUUUUUUUUACUACCAUCACAUUGUAAACCCAUGAGCGCGACGCUCCAAACUGAUCGUGCAAUUCAUUGCUCUGUUCUAGUAGUACGGAACUACUGGAACGUCAUAGAAACUUGAAGAAUAAACACAUUUUAGUACU